UUGUCCCGUUUUAUGGGCAGGUUGAGCUCGGAUGGAUCGGAAGUGAAUUCCUUCCUUCGCCGGUUUGUUUUUCUGGACGGUUUUUUGUUGUGACCCGUCGGGCGGGAGGGGUCCAGCUCAUUUUAGACUGUGAUUGUUUGUCGUCUCUCAGUCAAGGACAGAGACAUCCAGCUGAUGGAUCGAUUCGGUGAUUUGGAUUUGGAAUGUGACGAAGGAGGGGGUGUUCCUCCCAAAACAAGUCUGUUUGGUGGAAAGUUGAAGAUUCACUCAAAGCCUGCAGAUGCAUCUACCAAAGCACAGACCUCUGUUUCAUCACAAAACCUUGAAAUUCCUGCUAACCAUGACGACCUGAUGGAAAAGUCAUCAAAGGAGUCGGGAAAGUCGCUCAGCGGGAUGUUUAAAAAGACCCUCAAACUGGAUCAAGCAGACAGAAACUCCCAGGAGGAUUUGUCGUCACAAAGUGAGCUCUCUGGGAGCACAAACAGUCUCUCUAAGACAAAGGAGUCGAGCGGCAUUUUAGGUCGGAUGUUUAGAAGAAGCCCGAAACCCACUGAAGCUGGAUCUCAGGAAGAUUUGUCUGCCAGCAGUGAGCAGACGGGCAGCACGGACGAUCUGUCUGAAAACCCCACCAAGGAAAGAAGUACGUUCUUUGGUGGCAUGUUCAAGGAAAAAGGAGCUAAAUUUCAGUCUCAGGAGGAUUUCUCUGUAGAAGAUGACCUCUCUGGCGGCGACGCUGUUUCCAACGAGCAGUCUGUAAAAGAACAUGAACGAAAGGAAAACUCUCCUGUGCAAAAGCCAAAAUCUAAACCGGAGACUGCAAAUGGAAUGAUGAAGAGCACGUUCUACACUGACACUCAGGAAAAUUCCUACAAUGUUGAGCAGGAGACAUUAGCUAUUGAAGAAACCAAGCAGAGUCACAAACAGAGUAAAUUGGCUGGAGCUGUUUCCAAGCUGAAUCCAUUUCACUCCGCAAACAAACAUGAGAAGCAGACCGGAUCUGAUGACGAGGUUCCUGCCGGCAGCAGGAGGUUUUCCAGUGACAAACCGAGCGCUGUGGCUGAAGUUGCAUCCAAACUGAAUCCGUUCCACUCUGCAAAUCAAGUCAAAAGUAAUCCAGACAGGGAAAAAAGUGAAACGCCACCAGUUCCACCCGGACCCACAAAGGAGGAGAUGAAGAGAACCUCCACACACAACAAAGUGAAACCAACCAAAACAGAAGACCAGAACAAGAGCUCCAACACCAAUACUGAAGAAAUGAUCGACAAGGAAGACAAUCCUCCAAGUCACAGACAGCACUCCGUGGUUGAAGCUAUGUCCGAGUUGAACCCGUUCCGCUCUGCCAGUAACCGGGCCAAUGAAAACACAGAAACGCCCAAGGAAACAGCAGAACAACUGGAUCCAAAUCAGCAGGGAAGGAGGGCAAGAAAUGAGGCACCACUAGUCACACCCAGACCCACUGAAGAGGAAAUCAGGGGCGUGUCCCCAAACCAGGUCCAACCCAGGAAAACCAAGGACAAGGAGAGCAAUCCCAGAGAGAAGAAAGAAAAACCUUCAGAAGGUCCUGCAGAAGUGGUUGGAGCCUCUGUGGAGACUGAAGAUGAAGAUAAAGACUCUUCAUCAAAAGAGGAUAGGAGAGAAGAAGAUGACAAAGACAAAACAAAGACCAAAGUUCAGAAACCCAAGAAAAACAACCCGUUCAUGCCUCGAGUCAAGGCUAAAGUCAAACAAAGGACUGCAGAAGACAGAACUGCAGGGAACGCUGCAGAGAAUGAAGGCGCCAACAGGUCUUUGUUUGAUCGACUGGAAGACUUCCGUAUUGACCCCAGGCCACCUGAAAACAAUGAGGAUGUGGAGAAUCUUAUGGACUGGUGGAACACAGUGGAAUCAUGGGAGGACACACCUCAAGAUGAUGACAUGACGGAAAAAGAAGAAGCCAAAGCGUUUGCUGUGACAGCAGAUAAAGUGCAAAAGGGCAUCCGUGUCUUCAACAAGCUCUUCUCUGAGCGAGGCGAGAGCCUCUGGCAGCACAUCAUGGACCUCAAUGCCCUCGCUGAUGGGCUGGACAAGUUUAACAAGAAUACCAAGAUCGCUCAAAUCACCGGCGGCUCCACCAGCGCCAUCGGGGGUGUUGCAACCAUUGCUGGCCUUGCUUUGGCUCCGGUCACCAUGGGAACCUCCCUGAUUGUGACGGCUGUAGGAUUGGGUGUUGCCACAGCAGGAGGUCUCACCUCAGCAGGUGCUGGCAUCUCCAACCAGGUCAACAACUCCAUGGAUCGCAAGAAAGUGGAGAAAAUUGUAGAAGACUACCAGGAGAAGAUCGCUGACUUCAACAAGUGCCUGAAGUUCAUCAAGCAGGGGAUUGACAACCUGCGCAAGUUCAACCUCCUCAAAAUGAAAAAUCAUGCAUACAACCAGGACUUUCCUGCACUCUCGAGUAGUUUCUAUGAAGAUGGCGCCAUGGCAGGAAAGGCCAUCCUCAUCAACGCCAAUGAGAUUAUGCGUGUGGUGCAGAUUGCCAACGUGGCAGGAAGCACAGCGGCCAGGGCAGUCCAGGUUGCCAGUAUGGCUACGGGUGUGCUCACUGGCCUUUUUGUGGGUAUGGACAUCUACUUUGUGGCUAAAGACUCUAAAAUGCUGAAAAAAGGCGCAAAAUCAGAAUUUGCUGCAAAAAUCAGGGAGGUGGCAGAGCAGCUACAUGACGGCCUGGUUGAGCUAAACACCAUUCGAUUUGAACUGCAGUCCACUCAACCCGAAAACAACACCGGCGACGAUGGCGCAGAUGUAGACAAUAAGAAAACAAAGGGUGGGAACAAGUACAGCAGUUCAGAUGAAGAUGAGAUCGACCAAAUUAAAAAGCAAAUCAAAAAGGACAAUGAAAAUAGAGAAUACGUUUGACACGAAACGUUGGAAAAGGCAUUAGAAUUGUUGGAAAAAAAGAGUCCCAAUUGGUAAACCAUUUUUUUAACAUUUCUGUCAACUAACUGCAUCCUCAUGCACAGGUACGAGACGUCUCUUAAAUGGUUCUUGCCAUAUCUUAACAAGUAAAUCCAAAGUAUAUUUUUUGUUUACCUUUUUAAAUAUAGAACAAAUGUUUAUCUUGAAAGAAAGGUCCUGAGCCAUUUUGUUGAGAUGGUGACUUUUCAGAUUAUAUAGUUCAAAAAUUAGCUGUUUGUUUCUCCAUUAGUCGUGCUUUUUUAUGAAACUGACAGUAAAUGGAGUUUAAACAUGAUGAAAAUUACAUUUGGACAGAAAAACCUUUUAUUCAUUUUAAAAACAUGCAUUCAAUACCUUUUUAGGCUAGAUAGUUGCAGGUUAAAUAUUGUACCCUGAAAAGGACAAGUGUUUAUUCUUUCCAAAUUAUAUUUUAGAAAUAUAGUGGAUUGAUGUUUCUUACUUCAUUAGCCUUUUUUUUGCCAACCAUAACAUCAAAAAAUGGUGUUUCUUCUUAGAAUUUUUGUAUUAUUAGAGGGAAAGUUUAAAUGAAGAACGGAAUAAAGGAUAAACUUUUUUUUUUUAAAUCUGUGUACACAUGCACUUUUGACUUUUUUCCCUCACCCUAACACAUAUAAAUAUAUCUAUCUUAAAUUUAAGGGUUUUAACAUAACUAAAGUUUGAGACUAUUAAAAAGCUUCCACAAUUUUUGUGGGUAAAUUUUACCUAACUGUGUUUGCACCUUUGUAGACAUUGUUUUAGCAGAUCAUCUCAACUCGAUGUUUUCCACUUGUACGUUUAUGAUCUGUUACAUUAUUUUAAAUCCAGAUCUUGUUUUAGGUUAAUGAGCACCUGAGGUCUAGAAUUAUGAACCGCAUCAUCACAACAAGGAAGACUGUUUCUUUAGUUUUCACCUUUGUGUUUUAGCAUGCUGCAUGCAUCCAUCUUUAUUGGGGUUUUAUUUUUUAGACAUUCCGAGCGUAAUGUAAUUGUUAUCUGCUAGUAAUAAAAUUAAAGGAUGGAUAGACUUUGUUUUCAAUUUGCUUUCUCAAAAGCUAAAAGUGGUAUAAUGCCUGUUGAUUAAUGAGUUUUUGAAUUGGUGUACAGCACAACAAGAUUUCUACUGUACAAGGAGCUCUAGUAAUAGGUUUUUUUUGUCUUCACACACAUAUAAUUUGUAAAAUAAAUAUAUAGAUAGAUAAAACAAUCAGGUUUAAAGUGAAUCAAAUGUUUAGUGAUGGGAGUAUUGAUAUAAAGGUAUUGAAAUAUAUGAAUAGAUCUCAGGACAUCACCAAGUUUGGUGUUGACUAUUAAAGUAUUGAUUACUAAUUAUUAAAUGAGAAAAUAAAAGUCUGUCAUUUCUAGA